CGAUGCUUCGAGGCAGGGCUUGGGAUGUGUCCUUAUGCAGGACGGACGGGUCGUUGCGUAUGCUUCACGACAGCUUAAACCUCAUGAGCAGAACUAUCCUAUGCACGACUUAGAGUUAGCCGCAGUCGUUCACGCCCUGAAGAUCUGGCGUCAUUAUCUUUACGGCGGACGCUGCGAGAUAUUCACUGACCAUAAGAGCCUACAGUACAUCUUUACACAGAAGGAGCUUAAUAUUAGGCAGCGCCGUUGGCUCGAAUUGGUCAAGGAUUAUGAUUGUUCUAUCCAAUACCAUCCGGGGAAGGCGAACGUC